UUAUUAUAAAUGUCAAAUAAAUUUUGAAAUUUCCGUGUCAUUUUUCACAUUUUUUUUGUUGGUUUUGAAUAUCGUAAAAUUCUCAGUUCAUUUUAAAUUUUUUUCGUGCGAAAUUCAUAGUACGUAAGAAUGGCGUGCAGCGAGUUGGUGUCGCAGUUGAGAUAUUUAAUUCAGGAGUACGAAAAUGGAAACGGGGCCAAACAACAAGUGGUAUGCCCUCCAACAACAGAACCAUGCGUCACCUGUUGUAUGGUAUGCCCGCCACCCAUCAUGGCCCCAACCGUACCUCAACCGGUAAAACCGUUGAGUCUUCCAUGCCCAGUGCAAUCGAACCACGAGCCCGAAAUGUCUCCAGAAGAAGCUGAACGAACAAGAUACGCAAACUUUUACAACAAUUACAAUAUAGAUUGGCACGCCGAGAGUCAAGGAUCUAGCGAUGCCCACCCGGACCCUAGGACUGAUAAGUGCAAGGGUGUCACCACGGACGGCAGUAAUCCUUGUUGUCCUAAAAAGAAGCCAGUUGAGGAGGAGGAUAAGGGAUGUCCUACUGGUUUUAAACCAUGUGCCAUGAAACUGAGUCCUCCUGCGGGUUGUCACCCUUGCGGCGUGUGGUGCGCCCAGAUUCAGCCGUGUCCACCGAAACCGAAAAAAAAAGUAAGUAAAUACGAACCAGGGCCCUGCCGACGUCCCUGUUGUAAACAUUGGAAAUCGAAAGACGGCGAGUGCAAGUACGACGAUCCUUGCAAAGCGCACUGCUAUAAUCACCCUCCCGGAAUGAAACCGAAAAGACGUAACGGCAACGGAAAUAUCCCCGCCAUCUGUUGACGUUAAGGUGCCUUAAAGUCUGACUGACUGGUCCUUAUUUUUGUUUUAGAAACAACAAUGAUGAUGUUGACGGUUGGACUGGGAGGAGUCGAAAAUACGCGAUAGGGUUUAGGAUCAUUUGAUCAUGUAAAGAAUUUGUAAAAGCAGGGCUAGGCAUCUGCGAUAAUCUAGAAAAUACAUUUUUAUGAUUUA